UGAAAAUUUAAGCGGCACAAAGAUAUAUAACAAAGGAAAAAAACUGACUUACUGGAAAUAUGUUGCCAAUCGGUAAGUCUGUCGAUAAAUUUGACGAGGGAAAUAUAUGUGACCGUGAUGACUUUGAUUCUUCCUCUUCGAACAUGGAUUUUUUUGAAGAGGACGAAACUGACUCGUUUGAUUUAUUUGACGGUCUGUUAGACAAGGAAAUUGACAACAAAUGUGCGUCGAAAAAAGCCAACGAUAAGGUGCACUCAGUCGUCCGUGUGUUUCCUAAUGGUGACAUUGAGGAAAAGCAAAUAAAUUUUGCCACUCUCAGGACAUACGAAGAAAAAGAACUGGUCAAUUAUUUAGGCAACGGAAGUCGGGGACGUCAUAGUUCGAUUUCCAGUGCAAGCAGAAAACGCAUGCGAUCAGGCUCGGAUACAAAAGACGAUAUGAACACAAGUUCUGAAGUUUUUUUAAAGUCGACCGAAGGUGCAUGUAUGUCUAAGAGUGCUAUUGCAGCUCGCGAGAAUCGUAAAAAGAAAAAGAUGUAUACGCAAGAAUUGGAAACAACAGUAGAAAAACUCCAGGAAGAAAAUACAGGUCUCAAAACGAAAAACAGCGUGUUGCAGACGUCAUUGGAUCAGAUGGAAACUGAAGUUCGAUAUCUGAAAAGUGUAAUUGCAAACCAAACAACAUUGGCACAUUUGAUAAGCAAUAUUCAAAAUACGCCAGGUGUUAAAUUCCAGACUUCAUUAGCAGUUGAUAGAUACAACAAAGAAAAUAUUAAAGAUGUCAAUGAAAAUAGUGUUGAAAAGACUGUUAGGGUUCCAGUAGAAACGAAAAGCCGUCAAGAAGAAUUUACACAAAUAAGAAAAAAGAGUGCAAAGUAUGGACAGCUGAAAAAAGAUGCUAGUACAUGUAUGUCAACAAUAAAGUCGGGGAAGAAAGAUGACCAGUGUACGUCGUGUCCCUCUUCAACAAUACUGGAAUACAGUUCCAGUGAAAAGGAAGGUCCAACACCAGCUGGUGUUUGUCUUCAUGUUUCUGAUGGAGCUGUGUCUUUUGAAUUUUGUGCAAAAUGUGCUUCAAGUGCUGCAUUUGCUAAGGCUAUCACCUGUGACCAUUCCUAUGGAAAGGUUCAGGGAGAAGGAUGAAUUUUUACCUUAAAAUAUGGUCGGUAAUUUGACUACUAGUAAUUUUGGUGAUUUGUUCAUGUCAUAAAAUGUUUGUGGAGGUAAUUUGAUUACUCACUUCAGUAUGAUAGAGUCAAAUGAAAACAUUGUUGAAACUAAAAUUCAUUAAGAAGAACUGAAAGACUUUGCUUUUUGAUGUCAGAAAUUGUGUUAAAGAAAUGCAAUGCAGUAGAACAUUUAAGAACAAUUAUAAUAUUAUGUUUAUCUGCAGGCUGAAAAUUAAUGUUGUUUGCAAAUCAAACUAAUUAAUAUUUGCAUAUGGAUGGGGUGACUACAUUUUUGAUACAUUUUUCCUUCUUUUUUGAUGAUUAUUUAUUGGAAAAAAUUCUAUACAAUUAUAUUUGCAUUUCCAGCAUUACCAGUGCUUGGUUUGAGAAAAAUGAAAAAGUCAACAUGAUUAGGAACAGUCUACUACUAAGCAGAUUGCUUUGGUGGAGUAUACUAUACAAUGAAAAUGGUCGGUGUCUUUUUGAAAAGAAAAAUCUUGCAUCACCUUUGAUUAACUUGAACAUUUAAACUUUGACUGCAAUUUGAAAUAAAGAAUAUUGAUACAUGAAUUUCAGGAAUUUUCUGAAUUUAAGAAGAAAAAAAGAAAAUUACUUUUCACAUUGCUAGGAGUGAAACAAGUUGUUAUGAACAAGAUUAUUUACUUAAGCUUGCUCAGAGUUUGUGUAUGUUUGAAAUUAAUGUCAAUAUAAGAUAGAGAUUUCAACAUAACAUUGUAUAGCUAAUCAAAUUGGUAUCCCCAUAGCAUUAAAUUCUCCAUACAUAAUUGAUAAUACUUUGUGUAUCAGUUUCAUAAUUACCAGUAUGUAUGGAAAAAUAUUUUAUUCCUUACCUUUCUAGCUUCCCUUCUUUCUUUCUUUCUCGCUUACCUUCAAUCUUUGAUCUAAAGAAAAAAUGGGGGAUGGGGUGGAAGUCAUCAUCUGAAAUGAAUGAAUUGGCAUUAUUUUCAUCAUUAUUGAGUUUUGAUUUUUUUCAUUUUUCUUAGUAAUUUUGAAUGAAUUAUCAGGGUUUUAAAAAAAAUGUAAAAACAUCUUAUUGUUUUUCGAAAAUUAGAAAUGAUUUCUGUAAAACUUGACAUACUAAUUACCUUUUAAUGCAGAUAUCUUAUUAAAAAAAAAAGAAAGAAAAUAAUGCGGGAAAAAUACUGUACAUUUCAGGUGAUGAGCUACAAUAUUACUUAACAUGAUUUGUACUAAAAUGUGAUUUCAAUUUUUGUUUCAGUUGAUGUCUUUAUUCUCUGGUCAGAGAAGCGAUUCCUAUAUACUUCCUUACUGUAAAAAAGAUACUGAAUGAAAAUGUGGAGAGACAGAAACAGCUGAACUUGUAAUGAAAAGCUGGGUAGUAAGUAUGCAGAAUGACUGGAUGAAAAUAGCAGAGGAAAAAAACCAAAAUCAGCAUUGAUGGGGAAAUUGCAUUAAAAUUGUAACUUUAGUUGGACUGCAUUGUAAACAAAUCAAGUUUUUGUCAGUUAAUGAAGUAACAAAAAGAUCAUCAAAUGGUCAGUGAUAUAUAACACAGGUUUUGAGGGAUACAGAAUUGGCAGUAAAACAAGGGUUUGAUGACCUACAAUUGUACAGGAUAUGGAAUAUAGAACACAUUUUGAUACUAGAUGAUAGGAUCCAAUAUAUUUAUUUUCUGGUGUAUUGUAAUGGUUGGUAAAUGUUGAUAAUAAUAGUUGUAUAAAAAUUAA